CUGAGUUGAGCCCCCCGCCCAAUUCUUCUUCCCUCUCUAUCUCGUCUGAUCCUACGGUGGCGUCCCUUUUUUCAUCUGGUACGCGUCUUCUGGUGAUUCAUAUCCGAUUAUAUUCCGAUCCACAAGAUCUGCGUUUUCCUCAUUGUGAUUCCCUUUGUCUUUGUUCGUUUUCUGUUGUUUGGUUUAUAUCGAUUUGGAUUGUGAUUGUUGUGCUAGUUUGUGCUAUCUUUGGUCAAUUGGGUUGUGUAGUAGGGUUACUGAAUUUCACUGCUCUUUGUAUUAUUCCGUGAUUGUGUUGUGAACAUCGUUACGGUGCAUUUGGGUGAAAAAUUUGUUUUGAUUUAUUGAUUCUCCCCUUCUAUCAGUUUCAAUCUUAUUACGUCAGCUGUGUUGUGGUGUUUUUUGGUUAGCCGUCCUCCUCCGAUCCAAGUCUACGGAUAAGUCGUUCAAUCACGUGGAGAUGCAGUUACUCUAAUAGUAUUGUUUAUAUGUUUAGUGAUGCCUACGCCUGUGAUCAAAUUGAUCUACCUCUUAUCUUCUCAACUUUGUUAGAAGAAAUUGUAAUGCAUUGGGUAGGGCUUUAGUGUAGAGCAUUUGUUGAUUCGGAAAAUUCAUUUAGACCAUUAGUGAUAAUCUUGAUGAUGAUAUUCUGGAUCCAUGGCAUUAAAAUAACCGUAAAUAUCUUUUGGUGUUUGUCAGGUAAAGCCCUCUAAGAAAUGGAGAAAUCUUGUACUUUGUUGAUCCAUUUUGACAAGGGUACGCCAGCCCUUGCAAAUGAGAUCAAGGAAGCCCUUGAAGGGAAUGAUGUCCCUGCAAAGGUUGAUGCUAUGAAGAAAGCUAUCAUGCUUUUAUUGAACGGAGAGACUCUUCCUCAGUUAUUUAUUACUGUAGUCCGAUAUGUCUUGCCCUCAGAAGACCACACUGUUCAGAAAUUGUUGCUUCUCUAUUUAGAGAUAAUCGACAAAACUGAUUCCAAAGGUCGAGUUCUACCAGAAAUGAUCUUGAUCUGCCAGAAUCUAAGGAAUAAUUUGAUACACGCUAAUGAGUACAUUCGUGGUGUAACCCUGAGGUUUCUCUGCCGUUUGAAUGAGGUGGAGAUCAUUGAGCCUCUGAUCCCUUCUGUUCUUGCAAACUUGGAACACCGACAUCCCUUCAUCCGGAGGAAUGCAAUUCUUGCUGUGAUGGCGAUUUAUAAGCUCCCGCAAGGCGAGCAGCUCUUGGCAGAUGCUCCGGAGAUGAUUGAGAAGCUCCUUUUGAGUGAACAGGACCAAUCAGCUAAGAGGAAUGCUUUUCUGAUGCUUUUCAAUUGUGCUCAAGACCGUGCAAUCAAUUACCUCUUGACCCAUGUUGACAGAGUUCCUGACUGGGGAGAUUUGUUUCAAAUGGUUGUUCUGGAGUUGAUCAGGAAAGUUUGCCGAACAAACAAGGCUGAGAAGGGAAAAUAUAUUAAAAUCAUCAUCUCUCUGCUUAAUGCCCCUUCUGCUGCUGUCAUUUAUGAAUGUGCUGGAACUCUGGUUUCUUUGUCUUCUGCUCCGACAGCUAUCAGAGCUGCUGCCAAUACCUAUUGCCAGCUUCUUCUUUCUCAGAGUGACAACAAUGUGAAGCUUAUUGUUCUUGAUCGUUUGAGUGAACUCAAGGCAUCUCACAGGGAGAUAAUGGUUGAUUUGAUCAUGGAUGUCCUUAGGGCACUCUCUAGCCCAAAUCUUGACAUUCGCAGGAAGACUCUUGAUAUAGUUCUUGACUUGAUAACUCCCCGAAAUGUGAAUGAGGUUGUUCUCACACUAAAGAAGGAGGUAGUGAAAACUCAAAGUGGGGAGCUGGAGAAGAAUGGUGAAUACCGCCAAAUGCUAAUUCAAGCCAUUCAUUCUUGCGCAAUAAAAUUCCCAGAAGUAGCGAGCACUGUGGUUCAUCUGUUGAUGGAUUUCUUGGGAGACAGCAAUGUGGCAUCUGCGAUGGACGUGGUUGUUUUUGUGCGUGAAAUUAUUGAAACCAACCCAAAGUUGAGGGUUUCGAUUGUUACCAGGCUCCUUGACACUUUUUACCAGAUAAGAGCCGCUCGUGUGUGUUCUUGUGCUCUUUGGAUUAUCGGAGAGUAUUGCUUGUCUCUUUCUGAAGUUGAAAGUGGCUUAGCAACCAUUAAGCAGUGUCUUGGUGACCUACCCUUUUUUUCUGUGUCUGAAGAAGAAGGUACUGAUUCCUCAAAGAAGUCUCAGCAGGUGACUUCUAUUACUGUGUCAUCUCGAAGGCCAGCUAUCCUUGCAGAUGGAACAUAUGCUACUCAAAGUGCUGCCUCUGAGACUGCUUUCUCUCCUCCAACUGUUGUUCAAGGAUCAUUGACUACUGGAAACCUGAGAUCCCUCAUUCUCACUGGAGAUUUUUUCCUUGGAGCAGUAAUUGCCUGCACAUUGACAAAGCUGGUUUUGAGGCUGGAAGAGGUCCAGUCAUCUAAAUCCGAAGUCAAUAAGGCAUCUUCAAGUGUGUUGUUGAUCUUGGUCUCAAUGCUGCAGCUAGGGCAGUCGUCAGCUCUUCCUCAUCCUAUUGAUAAUGAUUCAUAUGAUAGAAUAGUUCUUUGCAUAAGACUUUUGUGUAAUACUGGGGAUGAUAUCAGGAAGAUCUGGUUGAAGUCUUGUCGUGAGAGCUUCGUUAAGAUGCUUUCAGAUAAACAGCUUCGUGAAACAGAGGAAAUUAAAGCAAAGGCUCAGGUUUCACAUUCGCAGCCUGAUGAUCUUAUUGAUUUCUACCACUUGAAGAAUAGAAGGGGUAUGAGCCAGUUGGAGUUGGAAGAUGAGGUCCAAGAUGACCUAAAACGUGCAACUGGGGAAUUCAGCAAGGAUGGAGAUGAUGCAAAUAAACUUAACCGGAUUCUUCAGCUAACUGGUUUUAGUGAUCCUGUUUAUGCUGAGGCUUAUGUAACAGUUCACCACUAUGAUAUUGUCCUGGAUGUCACAGUCAUCAAUAGAACCAAGGAAACUCUUCAGAAUUUGUGCCUGGAGCUGGCAACAAUGGGUGAUCUUAAACUUGUUGAGCGACCACAGAAUUACACUUUGGCUCCUGAAUCAAGCAAGCAAAUUAAAGCUAAUAUCAAGGUUUCGUCCACCGAGACGGGGGUCAUAUUUGGGAACAUAGUUUAUGAGACCUCAAAUGUGCUUGAGCGCACUGUGGUGGUUCUCAAUGACAUUCAUAUUGACAUCAUGGACUACAUCUCUCCUGCAGUUUGCAGUGAUGCUGCAUUUAGAACGAUGUGGGCAGAAUUUGAAUGGGAAAAUAAGGUUGCGGUAAACACUGUAAUUGAAGAUGAGAAGGAAUUCCUGGACCAUGUUAUUAGGUCCACCAACAUGAAGUGCCUGACUGCACAUUCUGCUUUGGAAGGCGAAUGCGGUUUCUUGGCUGCUAACCUUUAUGCAAAGAGUGUCUUUGGGGAAGAUGCAUUAGUAAAUGUUAGCAUUGAGAAGCAGUCAGAUGGAAAGUUGAGUGGUUAUAUUAGAAUAAGGAGCAAGACUCAAGGAAUCGCUCUCAGCCUCGGGGACAAGAUUACUCUCAAGCAGAAAGGAGGCAGCUGA